CUAACUAGCUAGAUCCAUCAAAAUUAGAACCUAACACUUCAUAUUUUUCAUAUAUAUAAUUGUUUUUGGUCAUGGAAAAUAACCAAAAUAAUACUAGUAGCGCAUUCACAAGCACUUGGAAUCUUGAAAAAAUGGAAACAAAUGAACAAAACCGUAUUAUUCUCCAACAAGAUCAUCAUCAAGUUCCUAUGAAUUCUUCUGUAAUUUGGCCACAAAAUAACUACAGCAACAUGAUCAUGGCACCACCACCACCACCAUCUUCAUCAGGUUCACUCAGUGACAUCUUAGGGAUCCAUCGAAUCGAAGACGUAGAAGAACAAGAAGAAGAGUUAGGAGCUAUGAAGGAAAUGAUGUACAAGAUUGCAGCUAUGCAACCGGUGGACAUCGACCCAGCAACGAUUCGAAAACCAAAACGAAGAAACGUUCGAAUCAGCGAAGAUCCACAAAGUGUUGCAGCUAGACAUAGAAGAGAAAGAAUCAGUGAGAAGAUUCGUAUCCUUCAAAGACUUGUUCCUGGUGGAACUAAAAUGGAUACAGCUUCUAUGCUUGAUGAAGCCAUUCGUUAUGUUAAGUUUUUGAAGAGACAAAUCAAGUUGCUUCAAUCCACUCCUCAAAAUCAACAACAACAACACAUUCAAUUGCCACUUUCAUCACAAUGCAUUAAUUCUACAACUCCUAGUGCUUUGUUAUUGUCCCCUUCUUCCGGUUGUGACGUUUGGCCUUUUGCACCAAAUUUACUACUCACUUCCACAACAGCUGCCACAGUGGACUUACCCGCCGGAGUUCAAUUUGACGCCGGAGGACAUUCACAUGUUCAUGCUUGUGAUGGCUCAUCAAGCUUUAACCAUCAUGAGGUAAUUAGUGAGUGAUUAAUUAGUUAGGUUAAAUUAUAUUAUACUUAAAUAUUUUUAUCUAUGUAUAAAAAGGACAGUCCAUAUUGCACAAGGUUUCACCAAGUGAAGUUUGCAUAGGGUUGAUGAUUGUCUUCCCAAAGAGAGAAAAAAAAUUCAGAAUUCGAACUCAUGACCUAUGUCUUCUGUAUAAGACAACAACCUUACCAUUAUUUA